UUAUUAUGUCAUUGGUGUAGUGCGCCGAGCCGCCGACGCGGCAUGGCCCUGGCUGCUGCUACAGCACCGACGAGCGGCGAGUCGCCGGCGACCGUGACGGCCCCACAGCCCAAGACCAUGGAACGAGGAAAAGUCUGGAACGAGGAAGUCGAAGACGCAUACCGGUUUCAGCUGGCUGGCUUUCGCGAUGCCACCGAGUAUGAGCAUUUUCACGGUGAAGAUCUGCCGGAUCGCUGGCCCAACGGCUUGGUGAAAGUCCUGAAGCUGAAGAGCGGCUACUUCUACUGCUAUAACCGCAAUCGUGAGUGUGCCCACAAGGACAUCCACUGCACCAAGAUCUACAGCUACUAGGUACACGAUGUACACAUGAGCUGCUUGUGAUCAGCCAUGCAUGACUUCUGCACAUUGUCAACUGUGACCAUGAAGGUAACAGGUGAGAGUAGUCUUCCGCUCCAGCACUCUGCUGGUCCCGUUUAUAAAAAGAAGUUCACUUGCAAACAUUUCCAGUUCGUCGAGCCUGGCCGUUGCAAUUGCAAGCCCCCUCAGUGUAUGCAGGUCGACUGGAGUAGGGAUUAUGAAACAUGUGAAGGGCAGAACUGAUGCCAGACGGACGUGUGCUCAGAUAGAGAGGCCUCACCUCACAUGAAUGUCCUCAUCAGUUACUCCAUGUUGGAUUGUAUACGCUGGUAGCGUCAUGCUAUUCUCGAGUACAGUGCUUUUCUUGUAGCUCUACUGUAGCCAGCAUGUGUAUGAUAUUCUCGCACCUACUUUAGCUAGCAUGUACUCGAAGUAUGUGAUAUUCUCGCAUGCAGUUACGUGCUUAUAAAUGUAGGUCUAAUGCAGCUAGCACUUUCAGUGUAUAACGCUCAGCAUAUAGCAACGGAGAUCAACUUUUAAAUUCUUGCACUAGCCCCUCCCCCCCCCCC